AUUAUUAGUAAUUUACGCAAAAAUAAAUGAACAUUUCAUCAAAGGAAAAUACCCUCUUAGCCAUCUCCAGCUCUUGCGUGCAAAUCUCACUCCCAGUCCCUCACCAGCUUCUCGGUCUCCCAAAUCUUACGUCUUCGGUCAACAGGUUCCAAGACCACAGCCCCGAUUUCCCCCAUAAAAUCAGGCGGGUUAACCCUAUUUUGAUAAUCCCGUAUGGAUGAGACUAUGAAGCAAUUUCAACAAAGCUUGAUUGAGCUUGAAACUGAGGCAGAGCAUCUCCUUUUAGCUCGACACCAGCUGGUUGAAACUGAUAGGAUGAGGAAUGGGAAUAGGGAAGCACUUACAGCUUUGAGGAAGAGGGCCAGAACAACGAAGACAAGUGUUCCAUCUCCAUUUGAGUCUAUAAUGAGGGAGAUUGGGGGCUCUAAUUCGAGACCUUUGGUUAAGGAGGUAUGUGCCACAUGUGGCAACCAUGACUCCAACGAGCGCACAUGGAUGGUGUUCCCUGGAACUGAUGUCUUUGCCAGGGUUCCAUUUCAUGCUGCUCAUACCAUCUUGGAGACAGAUCAAGAUCGUCUUGAUUUUGAGACUAAGAAACUACAAAGCUACGUUAAGGAUAAGUCCCUUUUAAUAUCGGAAAAAGGUGCACUUGCCGACAAGAUCAGUCCUGGAGUUCUCAAUUCUCUUGUAACCCUGACAGACAAGAAAAAUUAAGUGUGUUUAUAGAUAACAUUCAAUUUUUGUAACCUGCCCUCCAAUUCCAGACUCUGGGGAAAGGUAUUAGCCUCAAUCUUUGGUCUAGCAAGCAUUUUGAAUUAUCUUUGUCACAUAACUAGCACAUAGAAUUUAUGGUAGUAGUGUGUUCAUUAAGUGCUAAUUCUGUAACCUUGCCUCCACCCCGACAAAUGGUCACUUUGAGUUUAGGCAUUCAUAAGCUGAAUCAAGAAUGCAUAUAGAAGGAAAACCUUUUGGAAUA